AUGAAGAGGUUGAGCUGUGCAUCGAAGCAAUUUGUGGUGCCCUCGCGGGCCUCCCUUCACCUGCAGGGCCGCCGCGGCCUUGCCACUGGUGGCAGCCAAUACGCCAAGCACGCCCGCUUCCUGCAAUCGCUGGGCAUCGAGGAGGGGGUCAACGAUGGCGUGUGCAUCGAUGGCAAGUGGAGCAAGGGCAGCGGCGAGGUCGUCGACUCCGUCAACCCGGCCUACAACGAGACCAUCACUCGCGUCGCCACCGCGGGGCUGAAGGACUACGAGCGCGCCAUCGAGGCUACCAAGAGCGUUGAGAAGAUGUGGGCCGAGGUGCCUGCCCCCAAGCGAGGAGAGAUCGUCCGACAGAUCGGUGACGAGCUGAGGAAGCACCUCGAGGACUUGGGCGCGCUGGUCUCGCUCGAGGUGGGCAAGAUCACCCAGGAGGGCAUCGGCGAGGUGCAGGAGUUCGUCGACGUCUGCGACUACGCCGUCGGUCUCUCCCGCUCCUUCUCCGGUCAGAUCUUCCCGUCGGAGCGCCCGAACCACUACAUGCUUGAGCAGUGGAACCCCAUCGGCACCACGGGCAUCAUCACCGCCUUCAACUUCCCUGUUGCCGUCAUGGGCUGGAAUGCGGCGCUUGCUCUCGUUUGCGGUAACCCGCUGAUCUGGAAGGGCGCACCCUCGACCAACCUGUGCACGCUGGCCACCCAGCGCAUCAUCCAGCGCGUACUGGAGCGCAACGGCAUGCCCGGCUCCAUCUGCGUGGCCCUGACCGGCGGCGCCGAGAUCGGUGAGGCCAUCUCCAAGGACCCGCGCGUGCCGCUCGUCUCCUUCACUGGCAGCACCCAGGUGGGCAAGAUCGUGGCGACCCAGGUCGCGUCUCGCAUGGGCCGCAGCCUGCUCGAGCUGGGCGGCAACAACGCCAUCACCGUGCUUGAUGAUGCCGACCUCACUCUGGCUGUCCGCAGCAUCCUGUUCGCCGCCGUGGGUACCGCUGGCCAGCGCUGCACGACCGCUCGCCGAUUGUUCCUGCACGAGAAGAUCCACGACGAUUGGGCCAGAAGAUGGGCGACCCGCUCGAGAAGAACACUCUCCUCGGGUCCCCUCCACCGCCCCUCCUCCGUCGACCUCUACAAGAACGCCGUCGCCAAGGCGCAGGAGCAGGGCGGCAAGAUCAUCACCGGCGGUAAGGUGAAGACCGACAGGCCCGGCAACUUCGUGGAGCCCACCAUCGUGUCGAUCAAGCACGACGCCCCCAUCGCCCUCCACGAGACCUUCGCGCCCAUCCUCUAUGUCUCUAAAGUUCCCGACCUUGACACGGCCAUUCGUUACAACAACGAGGUGGCGCAGGGGCUCAGCAGCUCGCUGUUCACCACCAACCAGCAGAACGUCUUCAAGUGGAUCGGACCCAGCGGAUCGGAUUGCGGUAUCGUGAACGUGAACAUCCCGACCAACGGCGCCGAGAUCGGAGGCGCCUUCGGUGGCAACAAGGAGACCGGCGGCGGUCGCGAGUCCGGCUCCGACUCCUGGAAGCAGUACAUGCGCAGGUCCACCUGGUACGGUCACCUUCUGCCCUCCCCUAAGAGCUCUUAUGUGGAGUUCAUCACCACUCACCACAACCACAACAGCACGAUCAACUACGGCAAGGAGCUUCCUCUGGCGCAGGGCAUCAAGUUUGACUAG